GCGCCGGCGGCGCGCGUCACCGUCGCGGCGCGCGUUGCUAGGCGACGAGUCGGAAGAGGGAGGAAGAGGAGGAGGAGUCGAACGCGGAAGUGGCGGCGAAGGCCCGGCGGCGGGGCCGACGACGACGAAGAGGAGGAGGAGGAGGAGGCCUUCCCGGAAGUCAGCCUCCAUCCUCGGGCCUCCCCGCCUUGUCCGGCGGCCGGGGGAUGGCGGCGAGGGUUAAGCGGCGGCCGGGCAGAUCCCUGCGGAAGGCUCCCGGAAGACGGUCCCCGCCGGAGCCGCGGAAAGGCGGCCGUCCCUAAGGGCGGUCCGCGGCGAUGGCGGAGCCCGCCGACGGGCUCCCCGCGGCGGCGGCGGCGGACGCGAGGCCCAAGACCCCCCGCAGCCGGAGCGCCGACCGGAAGGACGGCUACGUGUGGAGCGGCAAGAAGCUGUCGUGGUCCCGCAGGGGGGAGGCCCGCCCGGAGGCGGCGGCGGCGGGGGCGUCCGGGGCCCGGGAGGGGAAGCCCGCCGAGCCGGACGGCCCCCGGCUCCCGGGCCGCUCCCUGAAGCAGAAGCUGCAGGACGCCGUGGGCCAGUGCUUUCCCCUCCGGCCCUGCGGCGGUCGCCACGCGUCCCUGGCGCUGCCGGCCAAGAGGAAGAUCCACAUCAGCGAGCUCCUGCUGGACCAGUGCCCCUUCCCGCCCCGCUCCGACCUGGCCUUCCGCUGGCACCUCAUCAAACGCCACACGGCGCCGCCCAGCCCCCGGCCGGACCCCGGCCCGGGCGCCGGGGCGGCGGGCUCGGACGACGAGGAGGAGGAGGAGGAGGAGGACGAGGAGGACGAGGACGAGGAGGCGGCGGGGACGCCCCCGGCCUCCCGCCCGCGCGGCGGGCCGCGGCCGGAGACGCCCCCGCGCUAUCACAGCCAGAUCGACUACGUCCACUGCCUGGUGCCGGACCUGCUGCGGAUCAACAACAACCCCUGCUACUGGGGGGUGAUGGACAAGUACGCGGCCGAGGCCCUGCUGGACGGGAAGCCCGAGGGCACCUUCCUGCUGCGCGACUCGGCCCAGGAGGACUACCUCUUCUCGGUCAGCUUCCGCCGCUACAGCCGCUCCCUGCACGCCCGCAUCGAGCAGUGGAACCACAACUUCAGCUUCGACGCCCACGACCCGUGCGUCUUCCACUCGCCCGACGUCACGGGCCUCCUGGAGCACUACAAAGACCCCGGCUCCUGUAUGUUCUUCGAGCCGCUGCUGUCCACGCCGCUGCAGCGGACCUUCCCCUUCUCCCUGCAGCACAUCUGCCGGACGGUCAUCUGCCACAGCACCACGUACGACGGCGUGGACGCCCUGCCCAUCCCGUCGGCUCUGAAACUCUACCUGAAAGAGUACCAUUACAAGUCCAAGGUCCGGGUGCUCCGGAUCGACGGGCCGGAGCGCCAGAUCUAGGGCGGGACCCCGUCCCUCUUCCCCCCCCCCUCUUCACGGCGCUUCGAAUUUUUCUACGGGAGCGCGUCCGGCGUCCGGAUUCCCUCCCGCCCCGAGGGUUUCUUUUCCGAGGCACUCUGAGUUUUUCUACGGGAGCGGCCGGCGUCCGGAUUCCCUCCCGCCCCGGAGGUUUCUUUUCCGAGGUGGGUUCGUCUCCUCUCCCCUCUCUCCGUCGAACCAUCGCCGAUCCCCGGUUCUGGCGUUCGCCUCCGUCCUCGACGGGCUCGCGUGGAGCCUUUCGGAGUCGGCCUCGUGAAGCCGUGCAGCGGUCCGUCUUUAGACUGGCGUUUUUGGAUCCGUCUUUUGUAUCGUGUCGGCGUACGUUCCAGGCAUGUUUGGCGCUCUGUAUGCACUGCGGACUAAACGUGGAGUAUUCUGUAUUUUAUACGUUUCUGUAAAACUCUCGCCCCGUCUCGCGUGUUAAAAAAAAAAGUAAAGUCCUUCGUUAAUUCAUC